AUGGUUCCUCUGCUUAUAUAUGGUGCAACGGGCUACACUGGCCGCAUGGCCAGUGAACAAGCCAAAAGCACCGGUUUAGACUUCGCACUAGCCGGCAGGACAGAGUCAAAGCUAAAGGAUUUAGCAUCUCGACUGGAAGUCUCUUACUACGUAUUUGACCUGAGCGAAAAAGUCAUCCUCGAUUCAAUGUUGAAAAACACCCAUGCCAUCCUCAACUGCGCCGGUCCUUUCAUCCAAACCGCCAAGCCACUCAUGGAAGCAUGCCUCCGGAACAAAACACACUAUCUCGACAUCUCAGCCGAGCUCGCUACCUACCAACAGGCACAAUUGUAUGACAAUGCCGCCCAGAGAGCCGGCAUCAUGCUUCUGCCAGGCUGUGGUGGGAGCGUUGCCAUGCUGGGUUGUCUCGCUAGCCAUGUGAUCGACCAAGUCAACGAUCCCCAGACAAUCGAUAUCGCCCUUCAUGUGGCUGGGUCCAUGUCGCGAGGAUCUGCUAUCAGUGCAUCGAGUAUGACAGCCGGCUGUCUCCAGCUUGUGGACGGAAGAUUGGUUGAACAAGACAUGAACCAAACAGCUGGUUUUGAUUUUGGGGACGGUAAUGGAAAUGUGGAGUCAUUCCCGGUGACGCUGCCUGAUCUUUUGACUAUUGGGAAGGCGUCUAAUAUCGCUAAUAUCCGGGCUUUUGUCCAUGUCUCUGGUGAUGCGUUUUCAAAGGGCGACAUUGAACUACUUUCUGAUGGCCCGACGGCUGCAGAGAGGGGCGCAGCCCCGUAUCAUGCCGUGGCUAUUGUGACUUCAAAAGAAGGGGUCGCAAAGCGAGCAGCUUUGCAUACUCUCAAUGGAUAUACCUUUACUUGUUUGGCUUCAGUAGAAGCCGCAAGGCGUGUGUUGGAAAACGAGACCAAAAUGGGGUUUCAAACGCCGGUGGUGGUUUUUGGAAAGGACUUUCUUCGUGCCAUACCAAGUACUGAGAUCAAUGAUCUCCAACUGGGAUCUCGUUAG